AUGUGUGUUGCCUCUUCAACGUCAACUUUUGCUUCAGCAUCAGCUGCAUUCUCUGCAGCUUCUCUAACCCUUUGCUCAACAAAUAAAGAAAUUGCUUCUUCUAGGGUGGGGAAGGUAGGUUCUGGUUCAGGAAUGGGGGGUGGAGAUGCUGGUGGUGUGUGGGUAGUGUCAACGGGAGGUUCAGAGGUAGGGAUAAUGAUGUUUUCAGAGGGUGUUACGAUGGGAGUUUCAGAUGGUGUUAUUGUUGGUUGUUCAGGUGGUGGAGUUGGUGGUUGUUCAGAUUGUGGUGUUAUUGGUUGUUCAGGUGGUGGAGUUGGUGGUUAUUCAGAUGGUGGAGGAAUGUUAGCUUCUGGUUCAUGUUGUUAUUAUAAGGCAAGGGCACGAGCCUGA